AUGUCCGCUCCAUUGGUAGUAUUGGGUAACCCCCUUCUAGAUUUCCAGGCUGAUGUCACGGCUGAAUACUUGGCCAAGUAUUCGCUAAAAGACAACGACGCCAUCUUAGUCGACGCCAAGUCCGGUGAUGCCAAGCUAGCCAUUUUCGAUGAGCUCUUGCAGAUGCCUGGCUCCAAGCUUGUUGCCGGUGGUGCUGCGCAGAACACCGCCAGAGGCGCUGCCUAUGUCUUGGGCGCCGGCCAGGUUGUCUACUUCGGUUCCGUCGGUAAGGACAAGUUCAGUGAAAGAUUGCUUAACGAAAAUGAAAAAGCUGGUGUCAAGUCCAUGUACCAGGUACAAACCGACGUCGGCACCGGUAAGUGUGCCGCUUUGAUCACUGGCCACAACAGAUCCUUGGUCACUGACUUGGGUGCCGCUAACUUCUUCACCCCAGACCACUUGGACAAGCACUGGGACUUGGUUGAAGCCGCCAAGCUCUUCUACAUCGGCGGGUUCCAUUUGACUGUGUCUCCAGACGCGAUCGUCAAGUUGGGCCAACACGCCAAGGAAAACAACAAGCCAUUGGUUUUGAACUUGAGUGCUCCCUUCAUCCCUCACGUCUUCAAAGACGCAUUAGCCAGAGUCUUGCCUUACGCCACCAUCAUCAUCGCUAACGAAUCUGAAGCCGAGGCCUUCUGCGAUGCCUUCCAGUUGGGCUGCGCCAACACCGACUUGGAGGCCAUUGCUCAAAAAAUCGUUAAGGACUCUGCAGUUGACAAGACCGUCAUCUUCACUCACGGUGUCGAACCAACCGUCGUCGUGUCCUCCAAGGGCACCGCCACCUACGCCGUCAAGCCCUUGGACUCCUCCAAGAUCGUCGACACCAACGGUGCCGGAGACGCCUUUGCUGGUGGGUUCAUGGCCGGGUUGACCCAAGGAAAGGACUUGGAAACCUCUAUUGACAUGGGUCAAUGGUUGGCUGCUUUGUCUAUCCAAGAAGUCGGUCCUUCUUACCCCUCCCAAAAAUUAUCUUUCUCUAAAUAG